CCUGCUGGCUGGGGGAAUCAGCCACUGCAGGGGCCUUGGGGGCCCAGCUCCAGCCCCACAGCAGCAGACAAGCCCAUUCCCCACCAUCUCCCUUCUCUCCUGGCUCCUCGCACAACCCCGUGAAGGGGUAGGUGUCUCCCCAUGUCACAUGGCAGCUGGAGGCACCAUGGGUUGGGGAGCAGAACCUGGUCCAAGGGCUGCAGCUGGCACCCCUCACACCCCCGGGGCACCAGGGUUGGGUUGCAACCCUUGACCUAUGGCCUCUCUAUCCAGAGGAAAGCAGAGAUGCCUCUGGCCACUGCCCAGCCCCAUUCGAGAACACAGGCCGCCCCUCCUGGCAGCAAGAGUGUUCCAGAAGGCUCUACCACCCCGUGAACUUUCAAGAGGGCCAAGAAGCCUGGGACACCUGCUGCUCCUUGCGCUCUGAGAUAGCUGCUGUGCUGAGCCCCAGAACCCAGCCCCCGCUGGGGACAGCAACCCGAGAGCCCAGCAGGUCACAAGGUGCUGCCGUGCGGGCCACAGGAUGGCCCGGCCCCUCCCGCUGGCCCCUCUGCCUGUGCCCAGACCCCCACCUGCCUGGCUGGGAUCCCAGCCUGUCUCAGGGGCCCUGCCACGAUGCCAACACUAUGACGCCUGUCAUCGUUCCCACUUUACGGCAGGACCCAGCACCAUGCGGCAUCUACGUCUGCUCUGGCCCAAGCAGCACCCCCAAUCCAUGUGUGCACCCCAUGAAUUGACUCCCUAUCCACCCCAGGACCAGGAUGGACGAGGAUUUCUCCCAGAUGAAGAAGAUGGCCUUGGCCAUGGGCACGUCCCUAUCAGACAAGGACAUUGAGCUGCUGCCCACGGACAUGAGACACCACGGAUCCUACAGCUACCUCAAGUUCUUUGAGCACAUGCGCAAGUUCCACGCCUCAGGCCAGCUGGACGAAGCCAUCCGAGAGGCCUUCCAGGCCCUGGACAAGGACAGGAGUGGCUUCAUUGAGUGGAACGAGAUCAAGUACAUCCUGUGCAUCAUCCCCAGCAGUGGGCCCACUGCCCCGCUGACAGACGAGGAGGCUGAGGCCAUGAUCCAGGUGGCGGACACAGACGGGGACGGGAGGAUCGACUACGAAGAAUUUUCUGAAUUGAUCAAAAAGGAGAAAAUUCCGAAGAAGAAGUAG